AUGGAGACUAAACCCGAGGCCCCGCCCAGCUAUACUCCAGAAGAGGAUGUGGAGCAGAAUGCCACCCCACAGAAUGACUCAAGAUAUAUAACAUCGAGAGCAUCACCAUACAAUGUGAUGCCCAUUGAGAUGGACUGUCCACAUUGUCAGAACCAUAUCGUGUCACACAUUGAGUUUGUCUCCGGCAUUCUUCCAUGGAUCAUUUGUGCCAUUUUCGCCUUCCUCGGGCUCUUCCUUUUCAUUAUCCCUUGGUGCUUCUGUUGUGUCCCAUUCUUCCUGGACCAGCUGCGUGACGUCACUCACACUUGUCCGGCUUGCAAGAAAUUUUUGGGCCGAUUCAGUCGGGUCUAA